AUGACGCUUCCCCCCGUCUCGGCCUCGUCGGGCCACCGCUCUCGCCCCUCGCUCGAGGUGCACUGGAAGAAGGCCGCCCUAGCCUGGGACAGGCGGGCCUCGUCCAUCGACACGGAGCUCGGCGAGUUCAUCGGGGACGACGUCAAGGAGGAAGGCCUAUUCAGGUACCGGGAUGAUGAUUACGACGGCGGCGAUGGCGGCGGCUACGACGACAAGGACAACGACAAGAACGGCACUGAGGACGACCACGGGAGCAUCAAGAGUGAAGUUACUGGUGGCGGUGGCGGCGGCGGCGGCGGCGAAAAGAUGGCUCUUCCGAGAAAGAAGAAGCGGGCGCUCAAAAGGGGCUCCGUUAGUGUAGUGACUCCUUUCAAGGGAUCAAGGGUUUUGAUCUGA